AUGUCCUCCCGUGACAUCUUGGAGUGCUUCUACUGCAACGUGAAAGACAGAGUCGAUAACUUCAAAAAGAAUAGGCAUUUUGAAAGGCAUCAUGCCGGACGCCGGGAGCGUUAUAAGCCCGUCGGGAACAACGUUUCCAUCUUCGAAUUUGCUGCUAUAAGAAGGCGAGCCACCGAAGGCGAUUCAGGAGCUACGGAAGACGUGGAUAUGCUUGCAGUGGACGAAGUAUGUCGCUCCUCAUCUUCAUCGGCGCUCAUUCAAAGCGAGGGAGUGACGGAUGGUGGAGCUUUUGAGAAUCAAGAGCGAGAUGGUCAGGAGAACGAACAGGUCCGAGCCCCGCGUGAAGUUGUGGCUGAGAAACGCGAGUCAGCAGAGGACCAGCAACCCGAGCUAGCUGAGGCUCAACAACCUGAGCCGGUCGAGGCAUUUCCGGUCUUCAACGUUCCUACAUCAACUAACGGACUUUUGCGCACACAGUCUGCUACUCUGAGGAUGCACAGUGAGAUGCUUGAGGACAUCAAGGCCAAGCUGGUUGAGCACUUAAAAUUUGAUCGUGAGGCGAAGGACAAGCUCGAGCUCAAGAGAGAGGUGUCGACCCUUGGUCCAUUCAAGGUGAACGACGCAUUCCAAGUGGUUGAAUGCACGACUUGUUAUACUUACAAAUACUCUCUGCAGCCUCGGGAUCGCCCUGGAGGCCUCGAGAGGAUUGGUGUCUUUCAAUGUCCUGAUGCCCUCGAUUCAGCUCGCCGUAGAGACUUACUCUCAGCCCUUCGUGAUCACUUGAAAACUUCGACACAUCUCAAAUGCUUGGCACUCGCGGAUACAAAGCAGAAGGCCAGAGACCGUGCGAUGGAUCUCGCAGUGGCCAGAUGUGUAUAUUUCUCGGUGGUUGAGAAUAUGAGCGGCCGUGGUUAUGAGAGAUUACUCGCUCUCAACGCAGUUAAUGGUGUGAAAAUCGGUGACAUGGGGCAUUCUCGUAAUUCUUUCCGACCUCUAUUCAUCCAAACUAUGAUCAAAGAAAUGAAGGGGCGUAUACGCGCAUUAUUUACUCGCUCUUGGUUAUGCUUCGGCAACAGACCCUCGCCUAUGGCUGCGUCUUGUGAUAAAGUAACUAUUCGUCGUCGAACUCUGCAGCCCGUAGCCGUCUUUACUCUAGUCAAUGGCCGUAUUUCGUGCUACCUUUUGAGUGCUCCCAUUGCUUCGGAUAAGAGUGGUAAGGGCUUAGCCGACCUUGUGGUGCGAACAUUGGAAGACGUCUUCGAUAAAUCCUUCCUGCAGAAUUUUUUAACAGCGGUCGCGACUGAUGGGGAGUACCACAAUCUGCGUCUGGGUGAUAAAUUGCGGGCCAACCUCGACAUUGACCCUACUACACUCGUCCAUACAUGGUGUGUGGCGCAUAGGCUGGAGCUCGCUUGUAAUGAUGCGAGUAAAGGCAUUACUAAUGUCCGAGCUGAACUUCACCAGCACAUGCCAGCGAGGCAUGGGCAGGCAUUCGAGGCGCUAGAGCAGGCAUCCUUUGAGACCGGGGUCCCUUAUUUUGUGCCUUUAGCUUUCAUGCCUACGCGAUGGGCGAGCUCUGAGACUCGUGUCUACGAGAACUUCUCACGUAAUUACCCACUGCUCGUUCAUAUGGGAGAGCCUGGGAUAACACGAUGUGACUGGAUGGUAAAAUUCCUAGUGGCCUACGAUACGAUGAAGCACGUGAGCCAGGCUUCGGGUUGCUCUCAACAAGUUUUCGCUCGACCAUGGCAAACAGCGGCUGCUAUACAAGCCUUAAGAGACUCUCUGAUUGUCGGGAUAGCGGCAUUGGAAAUGCUAAUCGAUGCCAUGGAGGAAUCCACGUGUAUAUCUGAGGUACCCAAGGGACUUUUUGACAUAGAAUGCUUCCCCCCGUUAUAUGCCGUUGAUUUCACUGGAGAUCCUCACUGGAAUGAAGUUGACCUUGAGAAGGUGUCUGACUCGAGAAUGGUACAUGCAUUUCAAUUCAUGGUGUCGUGGCUCUCACAACUCAAGGAGAGCCUUAAUAUCCGUAUCCUGUCUGAUCUUCCAGAAUGGCUCGUUGCUGCUUCGCAGAUCUUCAGUGGCGAGGCUCUUCUCGGCAGCUCGUGGGUGUCCGAGCUCUCAGACGCUGAUAGAAAACUGGAUACUAACAAGUCUCCGGAGGUUUAUCAAUGCACAAGUACGGCGGAGUUAAUUGAGAUUGCAGGAGCUUCGAUUAUCCAUAGAGAGGUGUAUGCUCUGGAUAUUGAGGAGUUGACUUCGGAGUUCGCCAUUUUCAUUGAUCGUAUCCGCUCUAUGGACUGGCCGAAGGCCGCUAAUGGAAAGAUAGACGUGCCUCAAGUAUGGGAAAUGCUCCACUGUCGUCCUCAUUACAUUGGGAUACAAAAUAUACUCUACCUCGCUGGAUGUUUAUCUAUGCGAACAUACAAUGAAUCGGUGGUGGAGGCUAUGUGUAGCCUCCUCAACACCACCGAUCCCACCGGUAGGCGUCACUUGAGUCAUGAAGUCAUAUCCGACGAAGGAAUCAUAGCUUGGAAUAGACUUGGUAUGUCUGGUGACGCUCUCGACGGGUUCCUCGAAGCCUCGCUCGCGAGGAUGCCGGAAGGCUUCAGCGGCUUUACCCGCAAGACCAACAAAAGAGCUCAACGUCGGCAGAAGUCUUACACCUACUCACAAGUCAUCGAUAGAGUGUGUUCAGUGAAUCCCCAUCCAGAGCUUUCGUGCGUUAAGGCCGAAGACCGCACGAGGAUAGAAGAGGGUGCAGGCGGAAAGCCGGGGCGCCUCGGCUCGGGCCCUUGCAGCCCACGUCGUGCCACAGAUUCUCCGGAAUCCUCGGAUUCUGAUGAUUGGUAGUCUUUCGAAUACCGAGUUAGCUCUAGACGCGAUUCUCAC